CCCAACACAAAGAAACACUUGAUGCGUUUGUUUUCACAUCCACCUUGGUACUGAGAAACUCUACAAAGCUCCACGAGUGGGAAGAGAGAUUGUAUUGAAGUGGAGACAGGUGGUAGCUCCAUAUCAAGCGGAAAUCUUCAUAUUGUGAGAGCCUGACGAAGUUGUUAUUCAGGAUGUUUUGGGGCAAGGGAAUUUGUUCUUCUUCCUUGGUUCUGUGACCGUGUGUUCGGUUGAUGUGCUGAAGAAUUACAGCUGAAAGGAGGUAAUACUUCAGCCUUUGUUUGUGCCAGGAGUCGUCUAGAUCCCAGGAGAAGUGACCACUUCAUUCAAGAGAACAACCUCUGUUGCUAUCCAGUAUGAUGGAGAAAUUCAAGGCUGCCAUGGUUUUGGGAGCUGUUGGUGAUGCUUUGGGCUACAGAAAAGGAAGCUGGGUAAACUGCCAUUCAGGCAAGCAGAUCCAAGAGGAGCUAGCCUCUCUGGGGGGACUGGGGGCCCAGAAACUGGACCCGGAAAACUGGCCCCUGAGUGAUGCAACGCUGAUGCACAUCACCACGGCAGAAGGACUCAUAACAGAUUACUGGUGUCUGGAGGACCUGUACCGGGAGCUGGUGCGCCUCUAUGUUGAAGCCAUGGUGUCGCUGCAGGGCAGAGCACCUGACCCGGCCACAGUGGAGGGAUGUGUUCAUCUCAAACCUCACAACUUCCUGCUCGCCUGGCAUACACCCUUCAAUGAAAAAGGGUCUGGGUUUGGGGCGGCUGCAAAAGCCAUGUGUGUUGGUAUGAGAUACUGGCAACCUGAGAGGAUCGACAGCCUGGUGGAGGUCAGCAUUGAGAUUGGAAGGAUGACCCACAACCACCCCACAGGUUUCUUAGGCUCCCUGACAACGGCACUGUUUGCAUCCUAUGCCAUCCAGGGGAAACCUCUGGUGACUUGGGGCCGUGAGCUCAUGAAGGUCAUCCCUCGAGCAGAGGACUACUGCAGGAAAACCAUACGACACCUGGCAGAGUAUCAGGAGAACUGGUUUUACUUUGAGGCCAAGUGGCAGUUUUACCUGGAAGAGAGAGAAAUAGAGAACGAAGACCAGAACAAACCCACCUUCCCUGAUCGCUAUGAUGCUGAGGAGACAGACAAGAUUUAUAAGCGCUGGAGCUCAGAGGGCCGUGCGGGCCGCAGAGGUCAUGAUUCCCCCAUGAUAGCCUACGAUUCCCUCUUAGCAGCAGGGGGUGACUGGGCAGAACUGUGCAAAAGAUCCAUGUUUCAUGGAGGUGAAAGUGAAGCCACAGGCCUGAUCGCAGGUUGUCUCUAUGGCCUCAUGCACGGCCUGAGUCAGGUUCCCCCAAGCCUGUACCAGGAUUUGGACAAAAGAGAGCGUCUGGAGGAGCUGGGAGAAAAGCUUUACAAAGCAGCAUCUGCAGAGAAGUGCAUAGACAAGUAAUCCUUCUCUACACUGGCCUGAACCCUACUGGCUAUCAGGGGAACUGCACAAGGCUGCUUCCCUUUGUUCCACACUUCCCUCUCUUUCUUAGAAUCCUAAUAGUCUAUAGGGACACCAUGUCCUUUCCUUGCCUGUACUCCCCCCACUCUUUGAUUUGGCUUUUUCGCAGUUCAUGAAUUGGAAAAUAAUGCAAAUUUGAGGCAGAGGAACAUCAAAAGGGAGACCAUUUAGGGUAUUGAGGUUCAGCCUUUGUCAUGACUGCUUUCAUUUGAGGUCAUUUCUCUGGAGCUGCAUCUGCACUCAGUUGCAUAUUUGUCAACUGAUGGCAGGGAGGAAUAACCUGUCUCCAACUCAUAUUAUUCUGACAGAACUGUGAGGAAAAUAAAAACUAUUCUGCUUUUUUUACUUUUAUUUUAACUGAGAAUAGUAAACCUCUCAAAAUGAAUACACGAUAAUUUCCUUCUCUGGCAUUUUCCCUCUUCUAAAGCUAACCAGCAUUAACACGAAGCACAAGGUUAUGUCGUGUCAUGGAGGAUCUAUUCCUUCAAAACAUUGUGCAAACCUUUAAUAAACUAACAGAUUUUAAGAUUCAGUAGUUUUGCAUCUAUAUUCUUUUAAUUGUUUGAACACAUAAGAUUGUUGAUUCGUGCAAUAGCAUUACUUUUAUCUUAUACUGUGAUAAACUAUUAUUUGCACUGUGAUGCUCUUAUCAGGUAUAAUAUUAGUGUACUAUUUUGUGAAAGUUACUAGCAAUUUCCUGGUCAAUAUAUGAUGUGAAUAUUAAACUGGACUCAGAUAUA